AUGCCAUGUGCAGCAACUGGGGGUGGGGAAUGGGUGAAUCACGAGGCCGUGGCGUGGCUGGCUCCUGUUGCUGUUUACCAGCUGGGAGAGAGACUAAGAGGAGGUGCCAGCACCUCCUCAUUGCUGCCUGGGCCCCAGCCAGCUGGCCUCUUGGGGCCCUGCUCCCUGCCCUCCUGGGCAGUCAGGGCAGCAAGGACAGCACCCCGGGAGCUGCCCAUGGACAAGACCCCCCAGAGACAGCACCAAGCUUCACAGGAACUGCUGGCUGCAAAGAAGACCCACAGCUGUACUGGGGUACUGAAGAAGAAGGGAACACAGACCCUCCAGCAUCAGCACCGCCAUGGGCCGACAAGAAGCCAGAGGAUCUGGGCUGAGGAGGAAAAGGGAAGCUUUGUGCCCCUGUGGCCUGAAGCCAUCCCAGGCCAGCUCAGGGCCUUCCCACAGACCACAGAAAGGGGGUCCUGCCCUGGGAUCUGGCAUCUCAGCAGAAAACAGAGCCGAGCUGGGCUGGGCUGGGAGGGACGAUCUGCCCCUCUUGGUCUCCCACCCCCGAACUGGCAGCCCCCCCUGUGGUCUCUGGGCUUGCAGAAGCUGCGGGAACUGAGGAAGGAGCGAGGGCACCUGGACGGGCCUCGAGCGGGCUUCCCCAGCUGGGAGCUGGCCAGGCCUGGAGGACCCACAUCCGUGUGCGUGCAUCCUCACUCUCGUUCCUUCUCUCUUGCAGCCCAAAUUGAAGUGAUCCCUUGCAAAAUCUGUGGAGACAAGUCGUCUGGGAUUCAUUACGGGGUCAUCACUUGUGAGGGGUGCAAGGGCUUCUUCCGCAGAAGCCAGCACUGCAACGUGGCCUACUCCUGCACGCGCCAGCAGAAUUGCCCCAUCGACCGAACCAGCCGCAACCGAUGCCAGCAUUGCCGCCUGCAAAAAUGCCUGGCUCUGGGCAUGUCCAGGGACGCUGUCAAGUUCGGCCGUAUGUCCAAGAAGCAAAGGGACAGUCUGCAUGCCGAGGUGCAGAAGCAGUUGCAACAGCAACAAGAACAAGUGCACAAGACUUCCGAAGCAGCCCUCCAGGGAGCGGCCCCCAUCGCCUGCACCCUGGGGAUCCCCGAUGGCCAGAUGCCCCUGGGAUCUUCUCCUGACCUCCCCGAGGCCUCUGCCUGUCCCCCGGGCCUCCUGAGGGCACCCAGCUCUGGGACUCUCUACGCCCACUGCUUGGUCAAGGCCGGGCUCAGUCGAGGUCCCUAUUCCCCUGAGUACAGCCCCGAGCGGGCCAAGGCAGAGGCCAGGGAGCGUCUGUACGGUGGGGGCCACCAACUGUCCCCCGAAACUUGCCUGCCUCACUUUGAGGUGCCCAGACUGGCAAGGCACAGCGAGGCAGGGCAGAGCCCGGGGAGCUACUGCAGUGCCAACUUGCAUAGUGCCCCAGAGGUGCCACUGGCCUCCUUGACUGAGAUGGAGCACUUGGUACAAAAUGUUUGCAAGUCCUACCGGGAGACGUGCCAGCUGCGCCUAGAGGACCUGCUGCGACAGCGCCCCAAUCUCUUCUCCAGAGAAGAAGUGGCCGGCUACCAGAGGCAGUCCAUGUGGGAGAUGUGGGAACGCUGUGCCCACCGACUCACCGAGGCCAUCCAGUACGUUGUGGAGUUUGCCAAGAGGCUCACGGGUUUUAUGGAACUCUGCCAGAACGACCAGAUCGUGUUGCUCAAAGCAGGAGCCAUGGAAGUGGUGCUGGUACGAAUGAGUCGAGCCUACAAUGCUGAUAACCACACAGUCUUUUUCGAAGGCAAAUACGGUGGCACGGAGCUGUUCCGAGCUUUGGGUUGCUGCGAGCUUAUCAAUGCCAUAUUCGACUUCUCUCAGUCCCUGAGUGCUUUGUGCUUCUCCGAAGAUGAGAUUGCUCUCUACACAGCCUUAGUCCUCAUCAAUGCCAACCGCCCAGGACUCCAGGAGAAAAGCAAAGUGGAGCAGCUGCAAUAUAAUCUGGAGCUGGCCUUUCACCAUCACCUCUUCAAGACCCAUCGCCAAGGCAUCCUGGCAAAGCUACCACCCAAGGGGCAGUUGAGGAGUCUGUGCAGCCAGCACGUGGAGAAGCUACAAACCUUCCAGCACCUUCACCCCAUCAUGGUCCAGAUUGCUUUCCCGCCACUGUACAAGGAGCUCUUCAGCACUGAGACGGAGGCCCCCAUAGCCUGUUCGGGGGACCGAGCGAUGGAGUGACCCAGAAAAAGUCCCCUUUUCUUCCUUCCAGCCUUCUUGGACCACUUCAGCCCUGCCCAAUCCUCAUCCUCAAUCUCCUUUCUUCUCUGUUCUGGAAACUGAGCCAAAGCUGUGCCUGGCUCUCUGCCCACAGGGGUGUCCGGCAGGGUGGGUAUGUACCCCACUUGCUGCCUCAGUGCUGUCCAAUUCCUGGGCUCAGCUCUUCCUCCACAGCUACAGAGUGGACAAAAGGGGACUGAAGAGGACUAAGGGACCCUCAAGAGGGGAUCCAAGGAACCCCGGAGGAAUAGAACUCAGCUCCGGACUCACAAGCUCAAAACUGGCCUUUGAAAUACCUCAUUGCAUUUCCCUU